UACUCGAGACUUCUCUGCAUUUCAGUUAAGGAUACCUCCCUUCGUCGACAGUUGGCCCAGUGCAUGUCAAAUAUCCGUUUUUGUUGUAGGUCCGAGUUCUAGGAGCUCUGUACAAGCGCUGUGACACUGGUUUCUUAACUGGCUUCGCCGAUCUAUGUGGAACAAGGAUUCUGUGCGACUCGUUGCGUACUCGGUGGCACACACAGAGGUGAAACGCGGAGAGUCGACGCCAGGUGAAACCACGAACCCACCGGAGCGCAAGGUUCAUGAGAGGACUCCACACGAACAGACAGCAAGAAAUCGGACAGCAUCCUUUCCUUGGGCGAAUCACCACCCUGGCUUUGAGGCCACAGUUGCGUUUGUUCCUUCAACUGUUCCUGGCAGUGCCGAGGAACCGACGAUUUUCCCUCCAGAACUAUACCGUCGGCGGCGGCGUUUGGCCGGCGAGUCUUUCAUUUCAAGACAUCACGGCCUUUUUGAAUCCGCCACGGAAAACCAGAAGCCAACAGGUCCUCCGAAAGAACGUCGCCUGUCUUCAGAGUUCCACAACUGGAGCGACGAAGACGCAUUAGGCCAUUUGUUCAUGCAGGAAGGCGAUGGCCUGCCCCAUGAACUCUGGACAGCACAUUCCUAUGUCCCAGGUAGGCAACUCCACCCUUCCAGAGUGAACGGCGUGGCCAUCGACCGCGGCGCGCGAGAAAUUCUGGUGACGGAAACUCCCCAGACAGGCUGGAAAGUCCAGGGUUGGGAACCCGGCGACGAACUUUUAGAGAACCCGCUGCUCGUUCAGGAUAUUCUCGACGCUCUGAGCCCGGGGAGAAGCGUUGCCGAUGUGCCCAGUCGAUUGGAGCGGGGCAGUGACCGCCACGGAAAGCCUGGGAGUCACAUAAGGACCGAGGAAUUACAAUCUGGUGACGUCAGUGGAAACUCUGGAAAUUCAGAUUCAGCACCACCCGCUGCCUCUCGUGGUCCUUUUCCUAGUUACCUCCAGUUUGCCAAUGCCACUGCAUGUCCUCCAAGGACAGAGUCGGAAGACGUUGCCGGAGCGAGCCACGGGUUGUGCCCAGAGUGGCACGGAAUCGGACAGGUUCAACAAAAAAGCGACAUGGUUUCAGGAGACAGGCAGACAACGGUGGUUUACACGAUUCGCCCCCGCAGCAGCAUUCAACUUCCUCUGGAGGUUUCAAAGCAGGAGAUUUGGCACCCGAACACGGACAACAUGACGAUCGCCCUAGAAAUUAUGGUCGCCUGCCUCAGUGAAGGAUUUGCCCAGUUUCAGCUUCGAACCUCGAAGCCUAAACUAACAAUGGCAAGCGGGCUUGUUUCCGUUGAAAUCGACGCGGUGCACUCUGAGCCUAUAUUUAUGCCUUGUGAGUACACGCAGGAAGUUCAGUUGGCAGCGAGAGGCCGUUCUGAGGUCAAAGGGGAGAUUGUGCAGAAUUUAUAA